AUGGCACCUUCACAGCUUCAGAAAGGGAAAAAAAAUCCUCCUGCAAAACCUUCCAGCAUUCCCAAGAACAAACAGAACGAAUGCAGAAUAACAGGAAGCAGUCAGCAUCCUCAGGCCCCUACUUCCUGUCCAAAUCCAUACGUGGCUCGCUCUUCCAAAAGGUUCAGAUUCAAGGAACCCCAGUCCAAUGGUCGCGAGAAGGCCAGGGAGGGACAGCCUAUGCAGAAGGAAACACAGUCCAGUGAUCACAAACGGUUGAGCAGAACAUGGAAGGACAGGCAGGAUAUGGAUGAUGACAGGGAGUCUCCGCCCAGCUCUCAUGGAAGUGAUGAGUCUGAACAUGACAAUGCUGACCAUGAUUUCGACAGCAAUACACAGAUCAAAUGGAAGGUCAAGCCAAGCCAGGGGAACCCUUUGAAGCUAGGGUUUUAUCCGCCCACUUGGCAAGUAUUCCUGCAGACGGCUAAGUUAGAGAUGCAGCUGCAGGCUGUUUUAGCCCACCCAAUUCCAGAAUCCCAGGACGCCCUCAACCUUACUCGAGAAGUCUUGGAUGCCAUGCUAUGGACAUACCAUGAGAAGAAGAAUAAACUCGAGAGAGGUUACUUUCCAGAGUACAACGCAGAUAUGUGCCGGCUGCUGUGUGACGAUCUCUUCACGUUCCGCACAGAGCUCAAAAAGGUCAUCAUCUCUAUCGCAAAAAGGGCAUAUGAUAUCUUCCCACAGGGCUCCGCAAUGCGAAAGGAGGAGGUUCAAAAGCAGGUCACUGCUGCUGCUACUAGGCUCCUCAAGAGCGGUGACUACCUCCGGCUCCCUGACUCGUCUGGUGGACAAUUCAAGAAUUUCAUGGCGCAGGCUCUCAAGGGCGCAUGUCUUGAAUUCUACUACAGCAACAGCAAGAAAGCAUUGAAGAACACAGACAAAUUCCGCCACACAAUCCCCGUCAAUGCGAUGCUUCUUGUAGCAGUGGUGUUGAAGGGUGUUAUCUCUGGCUUUCGGGAGACCAGCACUGACAAGGUUCCUGAUCUAACCGCUGAACAACCCGUGGGUGUCACCAGCAUCACCUGCACCCGCACCCGCAGGUACACCCACACCCGCACAGCAGGUACACCCAUGGGAGGUACACCCGCAGGUGCAUACUAG